CCUCAAUCUGCGGCUCGGUGCGGCGAGCUGGGCAACACAAACAGGAGCACCGCGGCCGCCACUGGAAACCUGGAAGAUGGAGCCCGCGACGGAACCCUAAAGCCUCGCCUCCUCGUCACCUCCAGGACCGCGACCGUCGCGUUCCCGCCUCACUCCCCGACGGCGGCGCCCACCGCGAAGCUAGCGGAGCGUCUGGGCGCUCGCUCGAGCAGCCAUCUUUUAGCGAGACAAAUGUUCGGGACGACGCGGCGGCCGCGGGCCUGCUCGCUGGCUGGCCCCGGAGGCCGUCGGAGCUUGGCGGCCGGGCUGCUCGUGGUGCUCGCGGCGGCGGCCACGACGACGACGACGACGACGACGGCGGCGGCGAAGGAGUGCGACAAGCCGUGCGUGAACGGCGAGUGCAACGCGGCGACGGGCGGCUGCGUGUGCUCCCCCGGCUGGGUCGGGGACCAGUGCCAGCACUGCGGAGGAAGAUUCAGGUUGACGGCGCCCUCUGGCUUCCUGUCGGACGGACCUGGGAACUACAAGUACAAGACCAAGUGUACCUGGCUCAUUGAAGGACAUCCGAAUUCCGUCCUUCACUUACGCUUCGAACAUUUUGCCACGGAGUGCAGCUGGGACCACCUUUACGUCUAUGACGGGGACUCCAUCUAUGCCCCCUUGCUAGCCGCCUUCAGCGGUCUGAUCAUUCCCGAGAGUUACAGUAACGAGACGGUUCCCGAGGUGGCGUCGCAGUCGGGCUUCGCCUUGCUGCACUUCUUCAGUGACGCCGCCUACAACCUCACCGGAUUCAACAUCUCCUACAGGGUGAACACGUGUCCCAACAACUGCUCGGGUCGAGGCGAGUGCCGCCUGGCCGACGGCACGGGGGCGCCGCGAUGCCAGUGUCGAGACGGCUGGAAAGGCGACGCCUGCGACGUGCCCUACUGCCCAGAUGACUGCGGGUCCCCCGAGCGAGGGCGCUGCCGGGACAAGACGUGCGACUGUUCGCGCGGGUGGCAAGGUCCCGACUGCUCCGUGUCCGUUCCCGCCGACUCGGGCUUCUGGAGCCGGGAAGCCUUCUCUGAGCCGGGCCUGGCCAGGGCCUCGCACAAGGCGGUGGUGGACCAGGGCGUCAUGUGGGUCAUCGGAGGAUACGUCUUCAACGCCUCGGACUAUCACAUGGUCAAAGCGUUUAAUUUAAGCAGCAAGUCGUGGCUGACGCUGGACCCGUCCGUCAACACCGUCCCGCCUCGAUACGGACACUCGGUGGCGCUCUAUGAGAACAAAGUGUACAUUUACGGCGGUAAGAUUGACUCUACGGGGAAUGUGUCCAGCCAGCUGUGGGUGUUCCACGUUCAGAACCAGACGUGGGUUCUGCUGAGCCCGCGCACUAAGGAUCAAUACGCCGUGGUGGGACACUCGGCCCACGUGGUGCCCCCCCUGCAGGAGGGCGACGCCCCCGUCAUGCUGGUGCUCUUCGGACACUGUCCCCUCUACGGAUACAUGAGCUUGGUGCAAGAGUACAACAUACACCGUAACCAGUGGAGCGUGGUGCCCACGGACGGGGCUCUGAUCCAGGGCGGCUACGGGCACAGCAGCGUGUUUGACGCCGCCACCAGAGCCAUCUACACGCACGGAGGCUACAAGGCCUUCAGCGCCAGUAAGUGCGGCCUUGCCGGAGACCUUUACCGGCUGGACGUGGACAGCAGGAAGUGGACCAUCAUGAGGGACAGCGGAUUCUUCCGCUAUCUCCACACAGCCGUGAUUGUGAGCGGUACCAUGCUGGUGUUUGGUGGAAACACGCACAACGACACCUCCAUGAGUCACGGCGCAAAGUGCUUCUCUUCUGACUUUAUGGCCUACAGCCUGGCAUGCGACGAGUGGACGCCACUUCAGCGACCAGAACUCUUUCACCACCCAAACCGCUUUGGCCACUCGGCGGUCGCCAGUGACGGGGUGAUGUACGUGUUGGGAGGCUUCAACAGCCUUCUUCUGAGUGACGUUUUGUCGUACACAAGUCCCCGCUGCGCCGCCUUCUCCACGGCUGCCUCCUGCUCUCAGGCCUCUCCGGGCCUCCACUGCGUGUGGAACGACACCCGGGCGUCGUGUCUGCCCUGGAAGGGCAUCCCCAACACAGAGCAGCAGCAGAUGCCCGCAUCCUGCAACACCAGAUCCUACGCCGACAACGAGCGCUGCGACCAGUACACGGACUGUUACAGCUGCACUGCCAACACCAACGGGUGCCAGUGGUGCUCCGUGCAGUGCGUCUCCCUGGGAAGCAACUGCACCUCCGUCUCGGGACCCGUGGCGGACUUUGACGGCUGCCCUAAAGACAACCCGUCCGACGUGUGCAACAAGAAGACCAGCUGCAAGAGCUGCGCCGCCGACCAGAACUGCCAGUGGGAACCGCGCAACCAGGCGUGCAUCUCGCUGCCUGAGAACGUGUGUGGCGAGAGCUGGCACCUGGUGGGCAACUCGUGCUUGAAGUUCCUGACGGCCAAGGACUCUUACGACAACGCCAAGCUGGCGUGCCGUAGCCACAACUCCGUACUGGCCUCCCUCACCACGCAGAAGAAGGUUGACUUUGUCCUCAAGGAGCUGCAGAUCAUGAGCGUGGUGUACAAGGCGAUGGUGACUCCCUGGGUGGGCCUGCGUAAGAUCAACGUGUCGUACUGGUGCUGGGAGGACAUGUCGCCGUUCACCAACACGUCGCUGCAGUGGCUGCCUGGCGAGCCCAGCGACGCCGGAUUCUGCGGCUACCUGGCAGAGCCCGCCUCCAGUGGGCUGAAGGCGCAGACCUGCAUCAGCCCCGUCAACGGAAGCCUGUGCGAGCGGCCAGCUAACCACAGCGCCAAACAGUGCCGGACGCCGUGCGCCCUGCGCGCCACGUGCAGCGAGUGUACGAGCGGCAGCUUGGAGUGUAUGUGGUGCAGCAACAUGAAGCAGUGCGUGGAUUCCAACGCCUACGUUGCCUCCUUCCCCUUCGGCCAGUGCAUGGAGUGGUACACCUUGAGCACAUGUCCGCCAGAGAACUGUUCCGGCUACCGUACGUGCGGUCAGUGUCUAGAGCAGCCGGGUUGCGGCUGGUGCACGGACGCCAGCAACACGGGCAAAGGCCAGUGCAUGGAGGGUUCGUACCGGGGACCUUUCCAGACGUCCGUGCCGGCGCCCUCCUCUCUGCCAGGCCUGCCCGCCAACCCGCCGCCUGCCCUCAAUGCCAGCAUGUGCCCCGGCGAGGCCUUCUACAACUGGUCCUUCAUUCGAUGCCCAGCGUGUCAGUGUAACGGGCACAGCCGCUGCGUCAACGAGAGCGUGUGCGAGAAGUGCGAGGACCUGACCGGCGGACGCCACUGCGAGAGCUGCAUCUCGGGUUUCUACGGCGACCCCACCAACGGCGGCAACUGCCAGCCGUGCAAGUGUAACGGCCACGCCAGCAUGUGUAACCCAAACAAUGGCAAAUGUUUUUGUACUACCAAGGGCAUCAAAGGAGACCGCUGCCACCUGUGUGAGCUAGAGAACCGUUACCAAGGCAACCCACUGAAAGGCACAUGCUACUACACCCUGCUGAUUGACUACCAGUUCACCUUCAGCCUGUCUCAGGAAGACGACCGCUACUACACGGCCAUUAACUUUGUGGCUACGCCGGAGGAGCCAAACCGAGAUUUGGACAUGUUCAUCAACGCGUCCAAGAACUUCAACCUGAACAUCACCUGGGCCGCCAGCUUCACAGCGGGUACGCAGAGCGGCGAGGAGAUUCCCAUCGUGUCGCGCAGCAACAUCAAGGAGUUCAAGGACAGCUUCUCCAACGAGAACUUCGACUUCCGCAACAGCCCCAACAUCACCUUCUUCGUCUACGUCAGCAACUUCACCUGGCCCAUCAAGAUACAGAUCGCCUUCUCGCAGCACAGCAACUUCAUGGACCUCGUUCAGUUCUUCGUCACGUUCUUCAGCUGCUUUCUGUCUCUGCUGCUGGUGGCCGCCGUGGUUUGGAAGAUCAAGCAGAGCUGCUGGGCGUCUCGGAGACGAGAGUAUCUGUGGCUGAUAUCGACAGCCUUCACGAGUACCUGCUACCUUGAAAUUAAGGCAAGUCUCUGCCCAAUACCGGUGCCUGGUAUCGGUACUGACUCGGACGUUGCGGUACUACUGAAGGUUUCUGUUCCGUUUACAGUCAUUCCUGGAGCUAAAAGAUUCCAACUAGGUGUUUUUAUGCAUCAGGUUUAGUGAACAUGUGGCUGUUUAGUGAUUGAGGGAUGACACGCGAACACGUUCACACGAUAAAAUAUUUUGUCGAUAACUGCUUGCUGGCCUCGUGCUUCGUUAAACUUAUCAGCAGCCACCCUUCACUCACAUGGAACCUUCCUCCAAAAUCCCUGGUCCACAAGGCGGGAUGAGGUUUUCCUUCUCACCACCUCCACGUUGAGGCUAGCAGAUAAGCUAGCAGCUAGCUCCCGACAUGCGGGAAAGUCUUAUCGGUUUUUGACUGACAGGCAGCUGAGAUUCAAUUAAAGACCACCCAAAAACAAACACUGAAGCAAAGAGGAAGUACAUUUCAACGCAGAUCUGGAUGAAGGUGCGCGCAUCCAGGAGGGGUUUUGUCAACUGUAGAUAAAGAUUUUUAUUGGCUUUUUCCUCCGCAACAGGAACUUUUGGAGCACUGUUGAGUGUUUGGACUGCAGCAACUGUUGUCUAAAUUUAGUUCCAGGGACAAAAGACAAGGUCUUCCUUUUAAGAGGUCCAGGAACCUUUUGGACUGCAUGUCGGAUUGGAAUCAAAUAGUUUCAGGAACUGUUCAUGUAUUAAAAACGAAAGGGCCCUGGAAGUUUAGGAGGAGAAUUCAGCAUGUUGGCUUAUUUUGAUUGCAGGAACGCAACUAAGAACGUUGGUGCGUUUAGACCAGGGGAAAACUGUCUAAAUGUAGUUGCGGGGUAAUCUACUGGGGCCAAAAAAAGAUGACGCAAGGGGUCAGUAUUCUUGGGAGAUCCAGGAAUGUUGGGGCCUGCACUCGUCAUAUGUCAGAAACCAAGGUUUUAGUUCCAGGAACUACUGUACAUGCACCAAGAACUAAAGGUUCCUGGAAGUUUGAGAACUAUAUUCUCAAG